AUGAUUGCUGGUAGUGCGUUGAUGCGCACUGUGUCGCGCACGUCCGUGCCUCGCGCUCAUUCGUUGCGUCUAUCUGUUCGUGCGAAUGCAUUCCAUGCAUCAGCACAGGCUUCGCGUGUCGUUGGCACACAACCCCUUCGUGCGAAAGCCAUGUCGAACACACCAGGUAUGCCGGACUUGACAAAAGGCUACCCUGUGAUCGAGCACGAGUACGAUGCUAUUGUCGUCGGUGCUGGUGGUGCCGGUUUGCGCGCUGCCUUCGGUCUUGCCGAGGGUGGUCUGAACACGGCGUGUAUUACAAAGCUGUUUCCCACGCGCUCUCACACAGUCGCUGCUCAGGGCGGUAUCAAUGCUGCGCUGGGUAACAUGACAGAGGAUGACUGGCGCUGGCACAUGUAUGACACAGUCAAGGGUUCUGACUGGCUUGGUGACCAGGACGCCAUUCAUUACAUGUGCCGUGAAGCGCCGAACACGGUGCUAGAGCUUGAACACUACGGUCUACCAUUCUCGCGUACUAAGGAGGGCAAGAUUUACCAGCGUGCCUUCGGUGGUCAAUCCCUCCACUACGGCAAGGGUGGCCAGGCCUACCGUUGCGCUGCCGCUGCAGACCGCACGGGACAUGCUAUGCUUCACACUCUGUACGGCCAGUCGCUGCGUCACAAUACCACAUACUUUAUUGAGUACUUUGCCCAGGAUCUGAUCAUGGAAGAUGGCGAGUGUGUGGGUGUGAUGGCGCUCAACCUGGAAGAUGGCACCAUCCACCGAUUCCGUGCUCACCGCACGGUCCUUGCCACGGGUGGAUAUGGAAAGGCAUACUUCAGUGCUACAAGUGCGCACACUUGCACAGGUGAUGGUCUUGCUAUGGUGUCGCGUGCCGGUCUGCCCCUUCAGGACCUCGAAUUCGUGCAGUUCCACCCAACAGGCAUUUAUGGUGCGGGCUGUCUCAUCACGGAAGGCUCGCGCGGUGAAGGUGGCUAUCUUCUCAACUCAGAAGGGGAGCGGUUCAUGGAGCGAUACGCCCCAACGGCGAAGGACCUGGCCUCGCGUGACGUCGUGUCGCGUUCCAUGACAAUGGAGAUCCGCGAUGGCCGUGGUGUCGGUCCUAUGAAGGACCACAUUUACUUGCAGCUCUCCCACUUGCCUGCUUCGGUGCUGCAUGAGCGCCUGCCAGGUAUUUCUGAGACUGCCAGUAUCUUUGCGGGUGUCGACGUGACAAAAGAGCCUAUCCCAGUGUUGCCGACCGUACACUACACAAUGGGUGGUAUCCCGACGCGUUACACGGGUGAGGUACUCACACAGGACGAGAACGGCAACGACAAGGUUGUUCCUGGUCUGUACGCUGCUGGUGAGACAGCGUGUGUAUCGGUGCACGGCGCCAAUCGCCUGGGUGCGAACUCUUUGCUGGACAUUGUGGUGUUUGGUCGUGCUUGUGCCAGUCACAUCCGCGAGAACCUCGAGCCUGGUAAGCCGCACAAGGAACUUAAGGGAGACAAUGGUCAACAGGCCAUUAAUGAUCUGGAUGCGAUCCGCACGGCCGACGGCCCCCGCACGACAGCCGACAUCCGUCUGGAGAUGCAGCGCGUCAUGCAGUCAGAUGCCGCCGUGUUCCGUACGCAAAAGACGCUUGAGGAGGGUGUGGAGAAGAUUGACAAGGUGGUGAGCGAGUUCCCGAAGGUCGCUGUGAAGGACCGUGGCAUGAUCUGGAACACGGAUCUGACCGAGACGCUGGAGCUUCGCAACCUGCUGAGCAGUGCAGCCCAGACAAUGCACUCGGCAGAGGCUCGUAAGGAGUCGCGAGGUGCGCAUGCACGCGAAGACUUCACUGAGCGUGAUGACGAGAACUGGAUGAGGCACACGCUAUCAUGGUUCGAUGAGGAGUCGGGCAAGGUGAGCCUCAAGUACCGUAAUGUGAUCAGCGACACACUUGAUGAAAGCGAGUGCAAGAGUGUGCCGCCGUUCAAGCGUACGUACUAA